AUGCUCCCAUUGCCUUGUCGUCGGGCUCUGGGACAGCUUACGGUGAGGAGUGUCCGGACAGCUUCGUCCCGACUCCCACCACCCACUCCUACCCUCCUCGACGCCUUCAUGAGUUACAUCGCAACCUUUUUUCAUCACUACGGACGAGCUCAGAUGCGGAACCUUACCGUCUCGCACACUCGCGCCUUGCGACUCGCAGGGGCCAACCGUCACCUCCGAACACCAACUCGAGCUACCAUCCUGGCACACCGCGAUGCGACACAGCCUUGCGGCAGCUGGCGAGCCCAGAGCACUGUCGCCGCCACCCCAGUUCUACGACGGGGCUUUCACAACUACUUCAUAACUCACCUUCCCUCGUCCUCGCUUCAUCCAGACUCGCGAUCCUCUGUCGGCCCCGGCCACAAGCUUCCUCGAUCUGCCUCGACACCACACACGCCAGAACCUGGGUCAUCACCAGCCUUGAACCCACCAAAUAUGCCCGGUCGCGACUUGACGGUAGUCCGUAUCCCUCUACGAAGCGCCAAGCACCACUUUGGUACAUCUGUCUCGCGCGGACAGCGGCCAUACAACGAGGAUACCAACCAAGCUGGGACAAUAACGUUGCCAGCUUUCUCAAGGCGUGUACCAACCAGUUUGGUGCGCCAGCCAAGACCCACAGGUGAAAGCAUCAAUGCUUACAGCGCCCUGGGGGAUCCUCAAAUAUUCUACUUUGGCGUAUUUGACGGGCACGGAGGGUCCGAGUGUAGCGAGUUUCUGCGAGACGAGUUGCAUGGGUAUAUAGAGGAGGCGGCAGCGGAAUUUGAGCUGGAAAGCAGCCUGAAGUGUGAUAAGGAUCGCAGGUACUCCCUGUCAGACCCAGGGUAUUCCUUAUCAGAACCAGAUGUCUCGCGCAACCAGGAAGAACCGAGGGAACACAAUGCUGGGGACGGUUCUGAGCUUCCAGCAGGUCUCAGCAAGACCGUGAAGUUGGAGCAAGAGCUUCUCAAUGAAUACCGGCGCACCAUUGGAGGCUACUUUCGCCGAUUUCAUCCGAGCCAAUUCACGGCUUCCACCGUCUCGUCCACCUCCUUUUCCGAAGAACCUAUGUCAUCAACAACUCCUAGCAAUGUGCCCGCAACCCUCGAAUCCGUUCUGACCUACGCCUUUCUCAGGGCUGACCUCGAUUUCGUCACGGCGCAAGCGCGCAAGCCAGAUCCAGAAGACGUGAUUGUAGAAGACCUGCCUCUUAACAAGGACGAGAUCCUGGGCGUCCCGCACCUUCCCCCAUCGGGCCAUAGCAUCGGCGGGCGGGAGCGCUUCAAGGGAGGCUCUACCGCUUCGGUAGCUCUCAUCUCGACUCCUACUCCGGCUCCUUUCUGGCAUCCCAAUGCGCACUCAACGCUGGUUGUAGCCCAUGUGGGAGACACGCGUGUCUUGCUGUGCGAGACCAAGACCGGCAAACCUCUGGCUUUGACCACCGAUCAUCGGCCAUCAUCGCCAGUUGAGACGAGACGGAUGAGUCGAUAUGCCAGCAGUAUGAUUACCGAUUCUUUUGGAGAGGAGAGAAUCGGCGGGCUGGCCAAUAGCAGAUCAUUUGGGGACAUGCAGAGCAAAAGGAUCGGUGUUUCUGCUGAGCCAGAUAUCACCAGGGUGGAGAUGGGCCCGGCAGAGUACUCGUUUUUGGUGCUCAUGUCUGAUGGUGUGAGCGGAAGCUUGUCGGAUCAGGAAAUUGUGGAUGUGAUUAAAGAGGCCAAGACUCCGGAAGAUGGUGCUAGGCAUGUGAUUGAGUAUGCGACGGAGGUGUCGAGUGACGGCGACAACGCGACUUGUCAAGUUAUCAGAUUGGGAGGCUGGGAGAGGAGAAGCGAGGGCGGCCUGGGGAGCCUGGGUACGAAGGAGAUGAGGGACAUGAGAAGGGAUGAGGCGUUGGACCCAAGAAGACGGAGGAGUUGA